CAGUGUUAGUGUACAUAGGUGCUACAACUAUUAGUUGUGUGAGUGAGCGAGUGUGCAAUAAAAGUAUAUACAAUGCCAGGUUGUUGUGCAAUAAAUUGCAAAAAUAGAAGCGAACAUGGUUUUCGAAUGUUUUUGUUUCCUCGGGAUGAGAAACGAAGACAUUUGUGGGCUGAGAAAUGUGGUAAAAAUCCAACACAGAAUUCUAGGUUAUGUGAGUAUCAUUUUGAUGAUUUGCAAUUCGAAAAUCGACGAGAGGAUGGAUGGCGGAAAUUGAAACCUAAUGCAAUUCCAACUAUUUUCGAAAGCAACGAAAUUAAUUCUGAUGUAUUAAAUGAUCAAUCUUUAAUUGGGCAUAAUAUUCAACCAGAAAAUUGUGCUAAUUUAUUUAAUUGUGAUUUAUCAUGUAAUGACAAUUUUGGAUAUAAUGAAAAUGUUACUACUGAGAAUUUACCAAGUGAACAACAGACUCUAUCAGUCCCAAUUGCCGUACAUGCAAGUGUUCAAACGGAUAAUGAGAUAAGUGGACAGAAUUUACAAACAAUGUUCAUGACAAAUGAAGAAGGAACGAUUCGACAAACCAAUCAAAUCAAGUAUUUGCUCAAACAAUUAAAGGAAGAACGAGUAAAAGCUAAUACUUUCAAAUCCAAAUAUGAAAAUGAAAAAGUAUUGCGAUUUAAGACAACAAAAAUUAUGAAAAAGUAUAAGAAAAGAUACACAAUAUUGUCUGAAAAAGUAGAAAAAUCACCAAUUUUCAAAAAAUUUAUAUCAGGAUUUUCCAAGCAAAAGACUAACUGGACUCCGCAAUGUUUAAGAUUGGCCACACAGAUAAGAUAUGCUGUUGGAUCGAAGGCUUAUCUAUAUCUAAAGAAAGAUCUGGGUUUACCAUUGCCAUCUUAUUCUACAAUAUGCAGAUAUACAAGAAAGAUUGAUUUUCAACCUGGUUUGUUAAGAAAUGUUUUUUCAUUAAUGGCAAAGAAAAGAGAAAGUCAUAAAUCUUCGAAUCAAGACGACUGUGUUAUUUUAAUGGAUGAGAUGGAUAUUCAACCAGCAUUAGAAUAUGAUGUUAGCACAAGAUCAUUUGUUGGACAAACGACGUGUGAUGAGAUAGAAAAGUUAUGCACUUCUAUUGUUGUUUUUAUGCUCAGAGGUUUAAACGAAAAUUGGAAACAAAUUGUUUCAUGGCAUCUUACAUCUAAGUCUUCAAAUGAUGAUAUCAUGACUCAAUUACUGUUUGAAAUUGUCGAAGAAGCAGAGAAAAUAGGUUACAAGGUCCACGGAUUAGUUUGUGAUAUGGGUCCAAAAAAUCAAGCGAUAUGGCGCAAUUUAGGAAUUAAAGUUUCGAGAAAUAACAACACUCCGUUUGUAAUGCAUCCGAUACGGCCUAAUGAUAAUUUUUAUAUAUUUCCGGAUAUACCACAUUUAUUGAAAAACCUACGGAUGGCUUUAACUAACAAUUCUAUUAUUACAAUAGCACUGUCAAUUGUAGAAUCAGAAAAUUUACCAUGCAAUGAAGUUAGAUUUAAAUAUCUCGAAGAAUUAAAUGUAAUUCAGCAACGUAAAAAUUUAAAAUUAGCUCCAAAAAUAACUACCGACAUUGUGAACCCAACAGGAUUUAACAAAAUGAAUGUAGCAGCUGCAGCACAUAUAUUCAACGUAAAAACAGCUGCUGCUCUGGAGACAUUGAUAGAAUUGAAAUUAAUAGAUAAUGAAGCUAAAACUACAGCUUGGUUUCUUAGAAAAGUACGGGCUUGGUUUGAUGCGAUGAACAGCAGAAAGCAAAAUGAAGCAAUUACUCCAAUUCAUUAA